AUGGCGUUCUUGUCAAUCUUUUCCGGCUUCCGCAAAUCCAGCUGGCUCCACCUCGUCCUGCGCAGCUUCCAGUUGAUCGACGCCCUCGUCGUCAUUGGAAUGUACGGAGUCGACCUGAACGCGGCGAUGAAGGCAUCGAAAUACGCCGACGGGAAAUGGGUCUUCGCCGUCACCACCGGCAGCCUGGCCGCGGUUACGGCCCUGAUCUUCAGUCUUGCGUCCAUCGCCAUCCAAUAUCGAACCGUGGCACUACUAUUCGCCUGGGACUGGACCAUGGCCAUCCUCUUCGCCGUCCUUUCGGGCAUUUUCGGCUCCAUGUAUUUGCAUGAGAACGUCGAGAUGGAAUCCGGCAUCCACCGCAUGAAGACGGCCGUGGGCUUCGACCUUGCCGGCCUCGUCCUAUGGACCCUGACAGCCAGCUUUGGGACGUGGUGGUUCUUCAGUGAGCGACGUAAGUCUUCAGAUCCCCGUCGCGAGAUUCCCAGGGUCCAAUGGGAGGCAAAUGCCGGGCUGCCCAAGCUAUCCAAGACGUUCCGUAACGGUUCAUUGGGCGGUCGUUCGUUUCGCAAUGUUUCUGACCACAGCCGCUGA